GGAAGCUUCAUGCAAAACCUUGACAGUGAAGGGGAGAAGAUAACACACAAGCAUUUAACACCGGGAGCCUGAUAAAAGCUUUGUGAUAGCCGCAUCUCAGCAAACUUCUAUACAACUGCCAAAAGCUAUAUGGUAUCGAACAAUUAUCCACAGGAUGACUAGAUUUUUUCCUCGUCUGCAUCAUGUAACCGUAAUGUUCUGGCUGUCCAAUAUCAUCAAAGACACGAGGCGCAGCCAAGUUUCAGUACAAACCUCAAUUUAGACGGCUACCCGUCGACUUCAGAACAGAUAAGAGAGAGACAACAAGUGAACCCUGUGUAUCUAUCGUCAUCAUCCUCCUACAUGCAGCUCCCUGCAUAGCUUCAUUGAAAAGGAGGAGCCCAUUAAAGCAUUUGACAGAUAGGAAGGUUUGGGCUGAAGGUGUUGUUGCCAGCUGGCUGCUGGUUGGAGAUGAGAUAAGAGCAUUGGGAAGAGAGGAAAGGAGUGCCUGCCCUGUCUGAAUACAAAUUAGGAUUCGUCUCUCCUGCAGCUACACCAGUGAGGCAAAUCAAUAUCACAGAGGCGAAAUGGACAAAUUAGCCGGCUUCAGUUACAGGAGCAUUAGUUGCGGCUGGAAUUAGAUGUUUGCUGAAGGUCGUUAUGAAAUCACGUUGGGAUAUUGCAAUGUGAAAUAAGGAAGACAAGCUUCUGCAUGUUCUAAACCAACAGUGCCACGCCACUGUACAGCCUUCUUCAGAGCUAUGCCUGAACUGAUGUGACGAGGCUGAUUUAAACCUCGGAGAAAGGUUUAAAAGGAGGCGAGAUGGAGCUGGAUAAUAGCUCACUGGACUACUUUACCAGCAACUUCACAGAGAUUCCCAACACCGUCACAACUCCACCGUGGAGCGAGGCCACGAUACUCGGCUUCCAGAUCUCUUUGUCUGCGCUGUUAGCCCUCGUCACCCUGGCUACGGUGCUCUCAAACGCCUUCGUCAUCGCCACCAUCUAUCUAACCAGGAAGCUCCACACGCCUGCCAACUUCCUGAUCGGUUCCCUCGCCGUCACGGACCUGCUGGUGUCCAUUUUGGUCAUGCCGAUCAGCAUCGUCUACACCGUCAGCAAGACGUGGUCGCUGGGGCAGAUCGUUUGCGACAUCUGGCUGUCGUCCGACAUCACGUUCUGCACGGCCUCCAUCUUGCACCUGUGCGUGAUCGCACUGGACCGCUACUGGGCCAUCACGGCCGCGCUGGAGUACUCGAAGCGCCGCACCAUGCGCCGGGCGGCGAUCAUGGUCGCGGUGGUGUGGGUGAUCUCCAUAUCGAUUUCCAUGCCUCCACUUUUCUGGCGGCAGGCCAAAGCCCACGAGGAGCUGACGGAGUGCAUGGUGAACACAGAUCAGAUCUUUUACACCCUGUACUCCACCCUUGGCGCCUUCUACAUCCCCACAGUGCUCCUCAUCAUCCUCUACGGACGGAUCUACGUUGCCGCCCGCUCCCGCAUCUUCAAGACGCCGUCGUCAUCGGGGAAACGUUUCACCACCGCACAGCUCAUCCAGACCUCCGCAGGCUCCUCGCUCUGCUCUCUUAAUUCUGCCUCCAACCAGGAAGCACACCUACACUCUCUGAAUGCGGGAGGUGGGGGAGGAGGAGGAGGAGAAGGAGGGUCGCCUCUGUUCAUGAAUAGUGUGAAAGUGAAGCUGGCAGACAGCGUGCUGGAGAGGAAGCGUCUGUGCGCGGCUCGGGAGAGGAAGGCGACCAAGACGCUGGGCAUCAUCCUGGGCGCUUUCAUCGUCUGUUGGCUGCCGUUCUUUGUGGGCACGCUCGUCACGGCCAUAUGCAAAGAGUGCUGGUUUGAUCCAGUACUUUUUGAUAUAUUUACCUGGCUGGGAUACCUGAACUCCCUCAUCAAUCCUGUCAUCUACACCGCAUUCAACGAUGAGUUUAAACAGGCUUUCCAAAAACUCAUGAAAUUCAGACGGUUCACCUGAGAAACAGGAAGCGCAAAAAAGACAAAGAAACGAGAUAAUGAUGAUGAUAAUGGAAGUACUGUAAAUGUCCCAUCUUGUAAACACAUGCUAAUUGUGAUUUUUGUUUUUUAUAUCAAACAGCUCCGUGCCAUAGCUCUUUAGAUAGCAUAUCCUUCAUAUAGACUUAUGCAUGCAUGCUAAAAAAAGGAGAAAAUCUUGUGGAACUCAUCUUAAAAAGAUAAAGAAAGAAGAUUUCAAGUAUAUUUCAUGUCACAGGGACGCUGCUGUUAUUUACUGGACGAAAGCAGAGAUCAGAAACAAAGAUUGGUGUAUGGAAAGAGUAAACUCAGAGAGGCUGGAUUCAAUCCAGUGGAAAUGAAAAGCCAUGAAAUGUAUGUUGUCUUAAACUCUGUGUCAUUCUGUAUGCUGCUGCUCCCAUAUAAUGUUUCUGUGGUACAGUAAAGUACUUAGAAAGAC